AUGGGUUCUCUCAAAUUCCAAAUCCCACAACUAAACUUCCACAAAACCCUACAAAAACCCCACCUUCCUCGUUCCUCAGUCAUCACCUGCAGUCUAAGAGGGAAGCCAAGGCCACCUUUGUGGAGGGCAAAGAGAUUAUCCACUGAAGCCAUCCAAGCUAUACAGUCUCUCAAGUUGGCUAGAUCAUCCACGCCAAGAAUAGAAGAAAUCUUCAAUAGUAAGCUCGCAAGAUUGCUCAAAACUGACUUAUUGGAUACUCUUGCCGUCUUGCAAAACCAAAAUGAAUUGGACUUGGCCCUCAAGGUGUUUGAGUUUGUGAGGAAGGAAGUGUGGUACAAGCCAGAUAUAUUAUUGUAUCAUGCGAUGAUCCAGAUGUUGGGAAGGAACAAAAUGAUUGAUAUGGCUGAGGAAUUUUUUGGCAAAUUGGAGACAGAAGAAGGGUUGAAACCAGAUACGAGAGCAUUCACUGAGAUGAUUGGGGCUUAUCUGCAAGUGGGUAUGAUUGACAAGGCAAUGGAAACAUAUGAAAGAAUGAAGGCAUCGGGCUGUGACCCGGAUAAGUUGACUUUUAGAAUUUUGAUUAGGAACCUCGAGUAUGCUGGGGAAGAAAAGCUUGUAGAUGGCAUAAAGAAAGAAUGUGGCAAUUAUAUGGAUUAUCCUAAGAAAUUCCUUGAAGAAGUUGAGAAGAAGAAAAAUGUAAAGAGGGUCGUGAAGGCUAGAAACUUAGCUUUAAGUUCCUGCAAAGCAGAUGUGAUCUGUACUUUUGUUAAAGCUGCAGAGCAGACGAGCUCAAGCGAGGAGUUGUUAAAAGAACAGAGCAUUAGAAUAGUUGAGGAACAUGGGAUGACAAAACUUUGUAUGAAUUUUGAUGUACAGCAUAUUUAG